AUGCUCUGUGCGCUGCUUCUCCUGUCCGGCAUCCUGGGUGCCACCCUGGCCGGCUCCACCUCUGGCCCUGAGGAACGUGCAAGGGCUCGGCGGCGCGGUAUCGGGCUGCAGGUGGCACCGAGGUGCGGGUCCGUGGGCAGCGAGGCUGCCGUCUGGAGCUAGCCCACUGCCAAGUCCCCGCCCUGCGCCGCGUGCCUGGACGAGGCGGCCGCUGCCAGCAAUGGACUGAACCCCGAGGCCAUGGAGACGGACCCGGCUGUGGUGAUAAAGACUCCCAGCCGGGAGUCUUCGGCCAAGUGCAAGGGGAUGGUGGACGCCCACGGCCCGACCGUCCCGAGCGUGCUCGGUGGAGCCCCGGGCAGCGCCCCGGCACGCGUGUGCCAGCCGCUGCGGAGGCUCCCGGCCAGCCCGGGACCACCCUCCGAGGAGGACGCAUCCGAGGAGGUAGUCCCAUUCGUGGCCAGCGGGCCCCUCAGCUUCCGACCGCCACGGAUUCCUGUAGCAGUGUGCCAGGACUGUGUCUGGCCGGUCACCCGGCCCCAGGAUGCCGUUGGGCCCAACCUGUCCACCCUGGUGGAGGUGACCACAGGGGAGCAGGGCAAGUCCCUGGGGCCGGGCCUGACUCUCCUUUGCGAGAACCACAUCUGCCAGUCCUUUGCCCCUCCCGAGCAGCCGAGGCUCAGGACGCCAAAUGAGAUGUGCAGGAAGGAGGGCUUCCGUGAGGCGAAGGAACGGGCCCGCUUGGCUCACGUGGCUGCUGUGGACGGGGUCCCUUCGCUGGAGCUGGCGUCGCCGAGGAAGACGGGUGAGGUCCAGAUGAAGGCGGGCGUGCCCUGGGAAGUGCGUCUGCCGGUGGUCCAGAAGCUGGACCAGCGGCUGGAAUCCAACAGCAGCAAGGUCACCAUCGGCCACGCCCUGGAGCGUGUGUGCUCGGUGCUACCCGCGCCCGUGGUCCAGAAGUGCGUCAACUUGCUGGACGCCUACAGCCCUUCCUCGGUGGAGCUCCUGACCAGAGGCACCCCAGAGAAGCUGUGCACGUGCAUGCGGCCGUGCGGCACGCGGAGGCGGGCCUGGGCGGCCCACGAGGGUCCUACGACGCUGCCACCGCCCCCGCUGGGAGAGGAGCACCGGGGCAGCUUCCGCAGGGGAUGCAAGCGGCUGCUUGGCGUGUCCGCCCACAACCCGGGGCAGUAGAGCGCCAAGCACCGCACCCUGAGGGCCUUCAAGGUCUGCAGCACCCUGCCGCUGCCCCUCACGGUACAGUGCGACCACCGCGUAACCGAUUACCGGCCCGUGCUCAUCGAGACCCUCAGGGAAGCGAUGGACCCCACGGCCCUGUGCACGAAGACGGCCUACCGCGCUCCCACGGCAGCGCUGCCGGGCGCCGACCGGAGCCUCCUGGCACCGAGCUUCCGGUGCAAGAGCCAGGAGGCAGCCGAGACGUGCGGCUCCGCGGAGCGCUGCCAGAGCCACGCGUGGAAAGAGGCGCCCUCCCACGCCCGAGAGCACGCGUGA